AUGUUAGUCAUUGGAGUCAAUUCAGGAACUUCAGUCGACUCUAUUGAUGUUGCAAUUUGUCAAGUGAGCGAUGAUGAUGAACAUGAAAACACCACUCAAAUAUCGGAACACAUCAUGCCCAUUCCUCGUAUGAAAUUAAUGGCCUUUGGAUCCGUUCCUUGGGAACCACAUCUACGACAACGCAUCUUUGAUUUAAUGACCUCUCAACAUUUGAGUUCUAAAGACUUUUGUGAAAUGAAUGUCUUGAUUGGAGAUGCUUUUAAAAGUGCCAUUGAAAACGUAUUACUCGAAAAUACGAUUGAUCCCAAAACCAUACAAGUCGUUGGAUCUCAUGGCCAAACUAUUUAUCAUCAAGUGGAGAGUAAUCAGCAACUUGCUGCUUCACAAGUCAAAUCUACCACACAUGCUGCCACCACACACUCAGAAAUGACCUUUCAGCGUGAGGUUUCCUCUCCUCUCAUCAAAUCCACACUUCAAUUGGGAGAUCCAUCACGUAUAGCUCGAUUGGGAAUACCAGUGAUUAGUAAUUUUAGAACGAAUGACGUUGCAUUGGGAGGUGAAGGUGCUCCUCUCACUUCAAUUUUUGAUUUUCUCUUGUUGAGACAUUCCACAAAAUGGAGAGCCAUUCAGAAUAUUGGUGGUAUUGGAAAUGUGACCUUUGUACCUCCCCUUACUAUCAAUGACAAAGAUGCAUCUUCUCUUGUGGUUUCAUUUGACACUGGACCAGGAAAUGCUCUCAUUGAUGAUUGUGUGCGAUUGGUGACCAACGGGCAACUUCAAAUGGAUGUCGAUGGUAAAAUGGCAAGUGCAGGAGUUCGAAAUGAAUCAUUGUUUGAGAGUCUUUGUGAGUUCUAUAGACCCUACUUUGAAAUGCCAUAUCCAAAAACAACAGGCAGAGAAUUAUUCGGAAAAGAACAAGUCCAACAAUGGAUUGAAAAGACAACCGCUCAUUGGAAACAGAUGCAUCAUGAUCAGCAAAGUAAUGACAUCAACCAACAUCAUUAUGGCAACAUGAUUCAUGAAUCAAGUGUUUCAGAAGAGGAAUUCUUCUCCAAUUCACUCGUUACAACCUUCACUGAUCUCACUGCCUACAGUAUCACUCGUGCCUAUUCUCUCGUUGUGUCCAAGUUGAAUCUUACUCACAUGAUUUAUGACCUUGAAGUGGUCGUAUCAGGAGGAGGACAACACAAUCCCUACCUCAUGAAACGACUUUAUGAAAUGCUCUCUCAAGAAUUUGGACGUACCAUUCACAUUCUUUCACAUGAACAACUUGAACGACAAGCAUUGAAUAGCAAUGCAAAGGAAGCCAUGUUAUUUGCACUGUUGGCUUAUUUACAUGAACGAGGAAGAGUUGCGAAUAUACCCUCUGUGACUGGAGCUUUAAGGGCAUGUCUUUUGGGCUCAAAAACACCAGCCUUAUAG